AUGGCGCUUCGUCGCAUCCAGAAGGAGCUGAAGGACCUCGAGAAAGACCCGCCAGCGAACACGAGCGGCGGCCCGGUCAACGAUAAUGAUCUCUUUAAUUGGAAGGCCACCAUCAUCGGCCCGGAGGACUCCCCAUACGCCGGUGGCCUCUUCUUCCUCAACAUUCACUUCCCCUCCGACUACCCGUUCAAGCCACCAAAGCUACAGUUCACGACGAAGAUCUACCACCCGAACAUAAACAACAACGGUGGCAUUUGCCUUGAUAUUCUCAAGGACCAGUGGUCACCGGCAUUGACGAUCUCAAAGGUGUUACUCUCCGUGUGCUCUUUACUGACAGACCCCAACCCCGACGAUCCGCUGGUGCCAGAUAUCGCGCGCCAGUACAAGACUGAUAGAUCCGCCUUCAAUAAGACAGCUUCCGAGUGGACUCGUCAGUACGCCAUGUAA